AUGGGUAGUGUAGCGCAUGUAGAAAAUGAUAAGAAAGAGUUAGCCCGUGACGUAUAUCGCUUUGCUAGGUUAGGAUUUAGGUUGUUUGGUGAUGCUGAGGCCCCAUUUGAAGCUCUUUAUGGAAGGAGUUGUAGAUUGCCCAUAGGUUGGUUUGAAGUUGGUGAAGCUACUGUGACUGGACCUGAUGCUAUGUUUGAAGCUAUGGAAAAUGUAGCUUAUGAGUUUGAUUUGCCCGCGGAGUUGUCUAAUGUUUACCCGGUUUUCCAUGUAUCCAUGCUUAAGCGAUGUAUUGGUAACUCAGUUGUAAUUGAACCUUCCGAGGAUUUGGAUAUCCAGAAUAAUCUUUCAUUUGAGGAAUUUCUUGUUGAGAUUCUAGAUUUUCAAGUUUGGAAGCUAAGAAGCAAGGAAGUUCCUUUAGUUAAAGUGUUUUUGCGAAAUCAAUCCGUCGAGGGUGCGACAUGGGAGGUAGAAGCGGAAAUGCAUACCAAAUACCCUCAUCUUUUCUCUAUGAAUCCGGAACGUGUCCAAGGUAUCAUUCUCUUUUGA